ACAGCUCCCUUCAACCCUAGAGUGAGACUGUCUGAUAGAGAGAGCAAGACAGAGUGUGUGUGUGUGUGAGAGAGAUCACAGAGGCAGCCGUUGAGAUGAGAGUGUGAAGCAGUGAGAGGGGAAAAUCCCGAGAAAGAACAGCAGAGGCAUCAGAAAGAGAAAGAGGACGUCAGCAAAUACAGCAAAACAGACAGAGCAGAGGACAGAGAGGAGGAGAGACUCUGGGGGGGAAAUAAAGGAUGAUGUGAAUCUACCAUCUUUGACAGACCAGGUGCCAGAGUCAAGAGAGGCAAUGACUAGAUGACCGACCACCACAGACAUACACCAGCAUCCUGUCCUGGAGCCUCGACAGGGAGGGACGAGAGACAUCCACACACUCUCCAGGGGUAAACACUCUCUUCAACCAAUCCCACAUCCACUGGAUCAUGUCGUCCACCGGGUCGACCAACCACAACAAGCGACUGGCAUCGGAGACGGACAACUCUCAGCGGUUGUUGGAUAACGAUUCUACCCAGCACCUGAAGAUGAGGGAGAGACAGCGCUUCUUUGAGGAGGUCUACCAGCACGAUGUUGAUAACUACUUGCCCUCUGCUCACUUGCAGAUCGACAGCAGGAAACCUCCAAUGGGCAGUAUCUCAUCCAUGGAAGUGAAUGUGGACGUCCUGGAGCAGAUGGACCUGAUGGACAUUUCUGACCAGGAGGCUCUAGAUGUGUUUCUAAACUCUGGCUCUGGAGCAGACGACGGAGCGCUGGCUUCCCCACUACCAGAGUGUGAGGAUGAGGACGAAGAUGAGGAGGACGAAGAUGCGGAGGUGGUCUACAGGGAGCGUGCACCUUUGAAGCGGCAAAAGGAAGUCCACCGCAGCACCAAUUCUCGCAUGUCGUCCACAUCAUCUGGUUCCAGCGACACCAGUGGGGCCGGAGAGGAGACGCCUGUGAUCCAGUCUGACGAUGAAGAAGUCCACGCCGACACUCUGUUGCUGACCUCUGUUCCCCAAACCAGGGAUGAAGAAACAGAGGAGGAGGAGGAGGAGGAAAGAUGCCUUGCAAGAGAGGGCAGAGGAGUCUGACAUCCUUCUGUCUGAGUCUCUACAUUUGCAUUCCUUUCUUUUGGGGAGAACCCUAGCAUGGUUGACCUGGCUGUGAUUCACUGUGUCUUCUGUACAACUCAAAAUCAACUAUGUUCCUGAGUACCUCUUAGAUACUCUGUGUUUGUUGAGAUCCUAAUGAUUUAAUUAGUCCCAUCACUCCCAUGCACUAACAUGUUCUGGCCGAGAUGAUUGUCAGUUAAAGUUUUGUUCCUAUUGCUGUUUACCUCCUCUCCCUUUUUUUGAACGACUUCAAAGCAACAGCUGCAGAGCAGCCGUGUAAUGCCUGAAGGUCCCGGAGCUCAGACGUUCUGGGCUGAACAAUAUGAAUAGAACAAAAACCAAGGGAAGCCAUAUUGCAUUUACUGAACAAAUGCAGACAUUUACAAAAACUGUGGUGAACAAUUUAGUCUAUCAUCCUGUGGUUAUGCUUUUUAUUUGUCUGCAGGUGGAAAAUGGCUUUGUAGCGUAGCAUUUAGAUUCCAAACCAUAGACUAUAUAAAAAGAUACACGACACAUCUCCAUUUCCUCCCUAACCCUGUCUAGACAGUCAAAGUAACCCAGAUACGAUCUCUGCCAUCUUGCAUAUUUUGGAGGCGGUUGUUGGGUGGAACCACAGUGGUGAUGUGGUUAGAAUAGACAUAUUAAAACCUCAAGAAAUGAACUACCUAAAAUGACAGAAGUUAUCUUAAAGAAAAAUGUAUUUGACUUUUAAGUGUGGUCCAUUUCCCAUCCACUAAGAUGGAGGUGGCAGGGUUCAUGACCUUUACUGCAGCCAGCCAGCCAACAGGGUGUGAUCAGGACGCUUUAGCUUCACUUUUGAGGAACUGUCACGUCAUCCAUCUUUAAACAGUCAAUUCUUCAAACUGACAGAUCGGGACUACGCGGCUUAGAGAGCAAACUGUGCAGGGAUCAUGUAUCGUCCCUUUGUGUUUUCAGAUGAUCUACAUGAGGCACAGUGAGCAAAAUACAACAAAAAGUUUAUCUUCCUCGACUGAUUAUGAUUAAUCAGAUGCUGUGUGCAUGUGCAGACAGUUCACAGCAUCAUGAAAGGAGCUGUGUUUGUACAUGCAUGCUGUUUUUUGUUCUUGUUAAUGACUAUUUCAUGUUUUCGAACCUGUACCUACAAAGUGUUGCAUUACAGAAUGGAAAGGCGCGGCUGUUACCUGCACCUGAAACCAAGUUACUCCUCUCAUCCACAUGAGAUGUAGUCUGAGAGUUGAAUAUACUGUAUGUUACGUUAAGAGUGAGUGAUUUCCUUCUUUAUGCAGUGUAGAAUAUGUGUGUCUGUGUGGGUGUGUGGAUGUGUAGAUGUGGAUCCUCAACAUUAUGAAACAACCAUUUUACAGUGUUAUUAAUGUUGUGCAUCUCUUACCCACUCAGACAUCUUGCUAUGAACUUAAUAAAAACAAA